AAUCAAGUCAGCAGAAGCAAAAGCAGAAAGUCUGCGUCUCUUACGCGAAAAUCAAGAUAAGAUUCGGAAUCGAAGGGUUCCCAAAAUAUGACUAAUCCGGUAACCCGCUCUGUUUAAUCGGAAGUCUUCCCACCCGCGCAAUGACCGUGAAUAUGUGAGCGUCGCGAAUCGAAGAAAAUCAAAGUCAGUUCGACAGCACCCAAUUUCCAAUCAGAUUCGAUUCAAGAGCAAAGGAGUGAAAAAUUAAAAGUGAAUUUCUGAGUUUACAAAUCCUAGUGCCAUUUGCAUACAACAAAAAAUCUCAAUGAUUUUUGAAGGAGUUAUGCUGCGCGGAAUAAGCUGAGCUAUUCAACCCGGUUGCCCAGUUGCUUGUUUGUUUUCCUUUUUUUUUUGUUUAUUGUUGCUCUCUGGUGACGUCGCAAGAUGGUCUCGCUGAUAAAGAACCAACUUCUCAAACAUUUGUCCAUAUAUACGAAGAACCUCUCCUCGGACAAAAUUAAUCUAAGCACCUUCCGCGGUGAGGGCGAACUCUCGAAUCUGGAAUUGGACGAGCGGGUGCUCACCGAGUUGCUGGAGCUUCCCAGCUGGCUGCGCCUCACCUCCGCUUGGUGCAAUCAUGUCUCUUUCCGGAUUAGCUGGACCAAGCUCAAAAGCGUCCCCAUAACGCUGACUCUAGAUGAAGUUCGCAUCACCAUCGAAACCUGCAAUCCAACGUCACGCGAUGCCGGCGGAGGAUCUGGACCGGGAGGAGCAGGAUCUCCCACCGCAGCCGCCGCUGCUUUGCCACAAGUGCCACAGGGUAAAUACAGCUUUAUUCACAAGGUGGUCGAUGGCAUCACAAUUGUGGUCAACACGGUAAACGUGAAUUUCGUGAGCGCCGCCUUUACUGCCUCCGUUCAGAUGUCCCGGAUUCGUGUCGAAUCCAAGACACCAAAAUGGGCCAAUGCCGAUCUUCGGCUGACACGACUCAAGGACGCUCAGAAGGGCAUUAUAUUGAUAUUUAAGGAGCUAUCCUGGCAGACGGUGCGCAUCGAAGCCAGUUCCACGCAGGAUAAGUCGCUAACCCCGCUGCGCCUGCUGACCAAUCACGCCAGAUGCCGCAUCACGAUUCGGAAGCGGCUCUCCGACUGUUCGCUGCUAGCUUCCCGCCUGGUCCUAAUCCUAGACGAUCUACUGUGGGUACUUACGGACUCGCAGCUAAAGGCGGCUCUGCAUUUUGUAGACUCUCUAUCCGGAUUGAUUAAGGCGGCCACACAUGCCACCCAGAAGUCGAAGGCCGCUCGCAAAAUGCAGACACUGCCCGAGUACAAGGCCCAGGUGGAGCAGCAGCAGAAUCGUCUUUCCGAAUCUGCUCACACGACGAAUGCGCAACGCAUGUUCAACGCCUUUGAUGUGCGGGAGACCUCGUAUCAUUUCUUUAGCCAGCGCAUCGAUCUCCAUUUAUGUGAUGACGAGGGAGAUGGACGCUCGAGUUACCCGGAUCUAGACAAGGGUGGUGCUUUGCAGGUCUCAGUUACCGCUUUUCAGGUAGACUACUAUCCUUAUCAUCUGGCCAAGUCGGAUCGUUCGCAUUGGGCCAAAUAUAAGGAGGCUUCGGUGGCACCAGCUCUGUGGCUCAAGGAAUCCCUCAAUGCUUUUCGUGAAGCAGUUCUUAAUUUGAGUCAGCCUAAUCGACCGGCUACACAUGCUCCUUUGGAAAGAAGUACUCCUGCAUCACCGAUUAUGCUCAGUGCUAGCAUGUUGGGUUCACAUCAUGGAGCUGGCAGCUUUUCCAAUGGCAGCAGCACGCCGACAGCGGCAGGAUUGGCUGGAGGAUCGGGAGGAUCUGUUGGCUCUGGUACUGCCUCCGCCAACAGUCAACUUUCUCAGGCAGCCCAGCAAAGAAGUACGCUGGAGAACUUGGCCAAGCUGAUGAGCUCUUGUGUGAUCCUACGAAUUGAGGACUUUACUUUGUAUCGUGUCACCACAUCGGGAAAGAAGGCGAUGCCAAAAGAAUUUGUCUCGGCGCAACAUAAAAGGAAGAGCAAAUCCUCAGGUGACAAAGAUCGGUAUUCCUUUCCUGCCGAGAUGCCUAUUAUCCAUGCGGAAUAUACUUACUUCUACUAUCCAGGAGACUUUGUCUUUCCAUUGCCUCCUUCAAAGGUCUUUGUGCAUGUGAAUCCCAUUCAGGUACAUUUCGAUCUAAGCUCAAUACUAUGGCUCAACUCCUUUGGCCUAAAUCUGCACGAGAGUCUGCUACGCACCAGCGUGGGAUCUCAAACUUCCUUGCAUCCGAAACAGCAGCUGCCACGCGGCUCGGUUGCCUCCAAUGGCUCCAAUGGCACACAGAUGGCCGCCGUCAAUGUUGAUCAGGAGCCAAAUCUGAUGUACAUGGAUGUCAAGGUGGAAGCGAUUAUGCCGCGUGUCGUGAUGGAGGCGGCGUUAGAUGCUCCUAGCCAAAAAGAUCGACCGAAAACCAUGCAAAUUCAGGUAUCCCGGUUUGCGUUGACCAACAUCCGGGAGAUGGGCAGUUCAAGGGCUGACCUUGCCCAAGCACUGCACUCCCUGCAGGAGGGAUCCCUGGUUUUCGGAUCCGGGUUUCCAUCCAAAGAGGGUGACAUGUGCAUCGUGACGGAUCGGAUUCUAUCGCAUGUGGCUGCCUCGGAUGUUAGCAUGAUGUCACCCGUAUCGCCGACGGGUCAGCAACUGCCCCGAUCCGCAUCCACGCAGUACCUAUCCCGUUAUGUCAUGUGGCUGGAGCCGCGGGAUGUGUGGUGCAUUAAGCUGGACCCGGUUUGGGUGGAUUUCCUGGGUGCCCGUUCGUUGGGCCCCAACAAAUCCAUUCCGUUUGUCGACGCGGUCCCCAUCACAUUGUGGCUGCACUCCGGCUCCGCACAGGCACAACUGGAUGUGGGAAAGAGUGGGACGGCGGUUAGCAUGGAGAGCAUGGGUCUAGCCCCUCUGCCCACGCUACCGCCACUCCAGCAGUGCAAUCCUUUUCUGAGUGAUGAGGAUGUGCGUCUCGGCGGCGUUGCCUCAGGAGCCUCGCCACCUGCUCCUGCACCGGAUCGCACAGCGGAUGUGCAUGCUAUUGCGCACAUUUCAAAUUUGGUCAGCCUGCAGAUCGAUCACUAUCAGCUGCUCUUCCUACUGCGACUCGCCGAAGAAUUGAAUGAGAUGUCAACCUUCCUGAACCUGGAUGCAGAACGCAUAUUGCAAAAGCAAAACGAACAAAAAUCUAUCAUAUUUGGGUGCGUUGUGCCGCAGAUCGAGGUGACGCUCGUGAUGCCAUCGCCAACACCUGGUAAGGAAUCAAGUGGUGGUGAUGCUGAAAGUGUCGUACCCGAUUCAGCUAGUUUGGGUGAUGAUUUACACAUGAAUAGCGGUAACAUCACCUGGCCCACACCACCGCCAUUGGACCAGCUGAAGAGUAAUACUUUCGGCAGCGUAGAGACACCAUCCCCGGUGACUAAUGACCCACCUUUUGACAGUGGCAUUCACAUAUCUAAUCCUAAUACGCAUGGCUACAAUGUUCAAAUACAAAGCACACCAACGAUGGCUUCUUCCACGCCCAGCCAGGGAUCUCGCCCGGAUACGGGUAUUUCCACUCAAUCGCAGUCCCAAACUCAAUCGAUCUCGUCCGCCUCGAAGAGUGGCAGGGGUGCAGCUACUCGAUCUGGGGGAGCUGAUACCGUGCCCAGUCUCACCAAGGAGAUCAAUUCGGGACUGCUGUCUAUGAAGAAGGGUUUCUCGAGCUUCAUGACAUCCAUUGACUCGGCCAUUAAGUCGGGAACACCCAAUGACGAUGCCAGUGAUACUUUCUCCAUACAGAGCGAUAUAAGCUCCGAUUCGGAGAACUUUGCUAUUGUGAUGGGUGAUGAUAAGACCAUGGAUUGCAUGGAUGUCAUGUUCCGGUUAAAUCCCUUUACCAAUGACAACAACAUGAAAGCCUCGCCGGUGGAGGUAGCCAGUGAAGUGUAUGAGGAGCAGCCGAGCAGCUACAAAACAAACAUGUCAUCGCCAUCGGAGCCUUCGGAGGGUAGCACCUGGCGGCGACGUGAUCUGGUGUCCAUGGCCACCUUUAGAUUAACUACUGUAGAGCUUAUUCGUCAGCAGGAGGGUCCCAAGUCCUCUGUUCGUCUUCAGGUGGCUGCCGUUUCCUGUGACGAGUGUGGAGCCAUUCCCUGGGACGAGUUGCAGAUCGCGCAUCAAGCAAACAAGACGAAGUUCGGAGCGCGCUGCAAAGCCUGGAAUCUGGCGCCUUAUAACCCAGAAGCUCCACCUUGCAUCCGCCUACGCUUGGAGGAAACUUUAAAUAUGCCAAAGGAUAUUGAUGGUAUCAUUGAUCGCAAACGCAUUCAGAGCUGGAUCACUCACCACGCGGAAAUUCGUGUGAAAGACAUCAAUAUGGAUCUGUCGAUGAGCACAGUAAUUGGGUUGGGUGAUCUUGCCGAGGAUGAGGUCAUCUCCCCGCCCAUGCCAGUGACCGUAAAUCUGGAAAAUGUACGCAUCAAUUUGCUUGAGGACCGUCCACCCGUAAAUAUUACCUCACCGGGCCCAGUGCCCAUAAAUCUGUGCAUUGGUCGCAUGCGUCUGGAGCGUGACCAGAGCGGAUUGCUCAACAUCCAGCCUUUAGAUACGAACAUGAGUGCAGCGCAGCAUCAGGCGUUAGGCAGUGCCUUAUUUGGAGCACCUCGUGAACGCGAUCGUGAGCUGCUUUCUAUGCAGCUGGUGAUGCAGCAGAUGAAGCUGGACAAUGAUCAGCUGCGUAGGCAACUUGUCGACUCUAAAGUAAAUACGGAUAACUAUAGGCAAAAGACCAAACAAGAGGCUGAUGUGCUGCGAUCUUAUUUGAAGGCCGCCCAGGAUGACAUCAGUAUACUGCUUGAAGAGAAGAAAGCUUUGCUGGAUACCAUCCGUUCUUUGCAGAUACAACUGACCUCAUCGAAUAUGAGCCGAAAGAGUGAUGGCAACAGGUAGCAUAACUGCAUGGACUGCAUACAAUGCUGCGGCGAGAACAACAAUGCCUAGCCCUAAGCUCCAGCUAGUAUGCCGUAUUACUACCCAUGACGUCCUCAACAUCAUCGCCAUUCGAUUUUGAGUUUAGCAGAAGACUGAGCCGUUCUUUAAAAAGCGGACACUUUUCACGUUGCCGUUCGUCAUUUUUACUUAUAUAAGAACACAGAAGUCUAUAAACUAUAACUAUACAUUGUUUUUAUCGGUUUUAAGCUGCCACAAGCUUUUGCUAUCGUUCCAAAGAAUGCUUUAUAUUUUUGUUUUAUUUUCUAAAUUUUUGAAAGAUUUUAUGUUGAUCUAUUGCGUAGCCUUUUUAGAAACAGACUUUUAACUAACCAUUGUUAAUUAUUUUACAAAAAGAUAAUCAAAGCGAAAGCUCGAACUAUGUACAGUCGUGUCAUUGAUAUUGCGCCUACUCAACAUAUAUUGUAUAUUAUAACUAAUUCCAUAAAAAUUGGAUAAGACAUAUUGUUGUGAUUCAUGAUCAUAUCAAAAAACAAAACUGAAUUCUAGUAACUAUCUGCAUUGUUGUUGUAAUCGUGUACUAGCAAAAUAUUUGGCCAAAUUUAUUAUAUCGAACUUUAUAGUAUUCUCUCAGAUGGGAUUGACUCAUCUGAGAGCUAUUGAAAUUUGUAUUCACGUUCCCAUUGCAUUCCAAUCGACUCGAUCAUCGUUUGCUAAACAACUACUAAUCAAAACUAAAUACACAAUGCAAUACAAUAAUCAAAAAGUGUUAUAGACAUCCUAUACCUAUACGCCUACUAAUAAACAAACUUAAAUCAAAUGUACCAUGUUAAAUAAAUCAAAAACAAAAAAUCUCAAGUCAGUAACGUAUACAAAUUUUAAAUUAAAAGUUUUCAUAUUUCAAAUUGUAAAUGAACAAAUGUUUGUAUUUGUAUUAUAAAGUUUAAUAUUAAACUAAAACGAUUAUUGAUUGUUAUACAUUAUACGAAAGUUUUCAUCUGUAGCUAGGCGAAAUAAAGCAUAAAAAAUUGAAGUCAUAUUAAAAAUAUUACAAAUAUAUUCAAAUGUAAAUGUU